AGGAGGAGGAGGGUUCAUCCAUUGUUAAACUGCUUUCUUCCCAGCAACUUGCCAAGCAGGCAUCCCUGUACUACCUGAUCCCCUCCCCAGGGAGGGCAGAGCGCCGUGCAGCCUCUGCAGGUUGCCUUUCGGUGUAAGUGGCAAUACUUCCGGGGGCGUAGAUUACAGAUGAAAAGGCGAAUGAAGAGAGAGGGAAAGAGGUGGCAGGCAAUGCAGAAACUGACAGCGAGCACUGACCAAACCGGUUGGAUAAUAUCACUCCUCUCUCGGCCUUGGCAAACGCGGAGCUGCACAUUGUGUUCCUGAGAGCGGAGUGAUAGUACGUGUGGGAUCUACAUUGCUCUGCCUGCAUUGCCCCAGCGCAGGGAUCCGGCAGCAUUCCCACAGCCGCUGUCUAUGUGAGUUUGUUCCCAGAGCCGAUCUCUCGCAGUUAGGGAGGAGGAAGCGAGGGGCAGCUCGUACCCAGACUGUAUCCAGGUCGGAAUGGGAGUACGCGGCUUGGCGCGCUGAUUGUACAUGGAGCUCGCUUCCCUGGGCUCUGGGGAGGAUCGGCUCUGCUGGAAUAGAGGACUAAAAGGGGUAGGAAAUGUAUCGAUGCUGCACUGUUUUCUGUAUAUUUAAUAUGCAGAGUAAGGCUUUCUGUCUAUAGCAACCCACUGAAUACCUAUAAGAGCAGUACUCUAGCUGUUGUACUGGGCUCAAUGAGCUUUCUCUCUACAGUGUAUAUACAGCAUAUGCUUGGCUGCGCACCUCAGGCACACACAGUAUAUACAGCAUUCUGCCUGGAUCCCACAUACGCCUUGUAGCCUUUCCCCAGUACCCCAGGGUACAGUGACUGGACGGACAGUGUUGCCUCUCUAGCUAUUCCAGCAGAAGGGGCCAAGCAGAGCAGUGAGUGCCAGGGGGCAGGUGGCUUCUGAUUGCCGGCUUGCUAGUCAGUGCCAGGGCGAAGAGUGCCCGGAUGGUUGCAUGCUGUCACUGACGCCUUCCCCGUUGUUUGCUAAGGAUGUCCACAGACCGGGAUUGUGGCUGGAGGAGGCAGCCAGAGGCCGAGGAGAACGGUUCCGUGUUGCCAGCCUCCGGCUCUGUGGCUGCACCGACUGAGGAAACCCCUGCGGCUCCUGUAUCCCCGGGGCGACCCGAGCACUGCUCCCGCUAUAACUCGCUGCUCCUGGACUAUGACGGUUCGGUGCUGCCAUUCCUGGGCGGGCUGGGCUCCUACAACAAGCGGCUGGUGCUGCUCACCUGGAUCCCGGCUCUGUUUCUCAGCUUCAGUCAGUUCUCGGACUUCUUUUUGUUGGAUCAGCCUGACAAGUGGUGCCAGGUGAAUAGCAGCGGCGGAGAGCAUGGGCCCGGGAGAGUCGUGUCUCAUGUGGGGAAUGACAGCUCGGGGGGGCUUCUCUUGCUUCCCCCGCCACAACUUCCAACCACCCCGACCCCCACCAGCGCCACCAACUACACGGACAGCUGCCUCUGCACUAAGUGGGACUACAGGAUCCGGGCAGGGCUGGUACAGAACGUGGUUAGCAAGUGGGACCUUGUUUGUGACUCUUCCUGGAAAGUCCACAUUGCCAAGUUUUCUCUUCUGGUUGGAAUGAUAUUUGGAUACUUGAUAACAGGAUGUGUUGCUGACUGGAUUGGUCGGCGUCUUGUGCUACUGAUUUCUGUAAUCUUCAAUUUAAUUUUUGGACUGACAGUGGCCCUCUCAGUAGAUGUGAAUAUGUUCAGCACCCUCAGGUUUUUUGAAGGAUUCUGCCUGGCUGGAAUAAUUUUAUCACUGUAUGCACUGCGAAUAGAACUUUGCCCUCCUGGUCACAGAUUUAUGAUAACAAUGGUCGCCAGCUUCAUUGGGAUGGCCGGCCAGUUUCUCUUACCUGGCAUUGCGGCACUCUGCAGGGAUUGGCAGGUCCUUCAAGCUGUCAUUAUCUGCCCUUUCAUCUUGAUGCUGUUUUACUGGGUUAUUUUCCCAGAAUCCCUGAGAUGGCUCAUGGCCACAAUGCAGUUUGAUGCUUCUAAGAAGCAAAUUCUUAAAAUGAUUCACAGAAACAGAGUGAAUAUGGAAAGUGAUGUCAAAGGAGUAAUGCCUGAACUUGAAAGAGAAGUCUACACAAGGCCCAAGAAGGUGUGCAUUGUAAAAGUAGUUGGGACCAGGAAUUUAUGGAAAAAUAUACUAGUGCUCUGUGUAAAUUCACUGACUGGGUAUGGAAUACAUCAUUGUUUUGCAAAAAGUCUGAUGGACCCGGAACUCAACACAAGCUUCAUGCACAACUUUUAUGUGAACUACUUUGCCAUGGCAGGGAUUACUCUGGCAUCAUGCCUGGCAAUGUGUCCCGUGGUUGGGUUUUUAGGACGAAGAGGAGGAUUGCUUCUAUUUAUGAUUUUAACUGCACUAGCAUCUUUACUUCAGUUGGGCCUUCUGAAUUUAAUUGGAAAAUACAGUCAAAGACCUGAAACAGGUUUAAGUGACAUUGUGAAAAACAAGUUCUCCAUCAUUUUCUCCAUCAUUGGGAUGUUUUCUUCUCAUGCAGUCGGGAGUCUAAGUGUGUUCUUUUGUGCGGAAAUCACACCUACAGUCAUCAGGGGUGGUGGCCUGGGACUAGUCCUGGCCAGUGCUGGAUUUGGAAGUCUUACAGCCCCCAUUAUGGAGCUUCACAAUCAGAAGGGAUACUUCCUUCACCAUAUCAUUUUUGCCUGUUGUACCCUCAUCUGCAUUAUCUGCAUUUUGCUAUUGCCAGAGAGCAAGAACCAAAAUCUGCCCGAGAACAUCCCUGAAGGAGAACACUAUACUCGCCAGCCUCUAUUAUCGCACAGAAAAGGGGAGCAGCCACUCUUGCUAACAAACUCUGAACUUAAGGAUUACUCUGGCCUCCACGAUUCUGUAGCCAUGUCAGAUGGAAUAUCCGAAAACACAACUGUAAACGGUAUUAAAUCAUCCUAACAAAGAGACGCUCAUGGAGGCGCAUACCGAUAUUUAUUUGUUUCCCCUUUGCACAGGUCACACAGACCAAACGUACAGUCGGAUUGUCUGACAUGGGUAGAGCCUCCAUUAAGCUGCUAAGCCUUAGGAAACUUCUAUUAACACUCCAGGAUAUGAAGACUUAUGUGGAUUUUUUUUUCGUGAUUUCUGAUAUCCUGCCAUUAGAAAAGAAAAAGUAUGGCUUAUUUUGUUAAUUUGAUACCACUGUUUAAGAACUUUUGCGUUUAUAUUCAGUAAGCCCAACUAAACUAAAAGUGCUGAGGGUUAUUUAUUGGAGUCUCAAAAUAUUAUGGAGGGCAAUGAAGGAGGUUGUUUUUCUAAUUUUUCCUUAAGGUGCAGAUUACCAAAUAGUCUGCAGUAGGUAAUGAUGAUUUACAGAACCAGUUUUUAAAGUUUCCAAAUCAAUGUCUGCCCUACUUUUCUCAUUACAAGGUGCAGGUUCAGAUGCCCAAAUUUCUUUCAGAUCAAUGAGUAGCUCCUAAAUAUGUAAGUGGUGAUCAAGUUGAUAUAUGUAGUCCAAAAACGCUGAGUUGUCUACCAUUGAGCAGCUACCAUCUGUAGUUGCACCACCAUUACUGUACAAUGAAUGAAACUUAUUAACUUACACAUAAGAUGACAUAAAGAGAAAAAAAUAAGAUUACUUACCUUUGCACUAGUUAAUUUUAGAUUAAAUAAAGUUCAAGGGUUUUUUUUAGGAUUUCUGAGCAAUUCAGACUUAUUGGGAAAUGGAGAAAAAUAAAAACUACCUUCAAUGAAGCCUAUGAGCUGCUAUGACCUGCAGCUUUUCAAUGUUUAACCCUCAGGUUUCGUAUCUUAUAUUGACAAAGGAUUAUAGGAAUGGUUGGUAGGAUUGUGCCAAAUCUUGCUUGCUAUUUUCCUCCUGUAUGAAUAGAACACAUCCUGCUUCAAGUCAGUAACUUUUUUUAUUUAUGGAAACGGUGGCAGUGGAAAUAUGAGCUAAGUCAUUGGGAUCCUAUUUAAUGCUGCUGACUGACAUGAGAGAGUACUUGGCCUAUUUAGUUUUCUGUGUGGAACAAAGGGAGACCCCUGCUGUCAGACUGCUGAGCUACAACUCCUACAGCCUGUAUAUAAGCACCUCUGGUGCUUAUAGCCUCCUAGAGAGAAAUUAAAAUACAGAUGCGGGUAUGCUUACAAGAGCAGACAAACAUUUAUCUGCCCUCAGACAAUUACAUUUCUGUGUUUAUAUACCUCCAUGGGCAAUAACACCCCCCAUUUCUUAUAGUACUGGGUGUCUGAACUGACCUUGUACCUAAUGCAUCCCAAAAGCAAAACAAGACCCUUGUGUACAGGCUACAGCCAUUUAGCAUAAUAGGAGCUGUUACUGAGUAGUUUGAGGAUAUCUAGCAUUUCUAUGAGACAUUUACAAUCCUGUUGAUACAUACUGUGAAACAGUACACAGUGGGUCUGGGAUGGAAAAUGAUGGCCCUCUCUUUUAUAAAAGGUAUCAUGUGAGAUAUCUGCAAUUAAAAUGAAAUUAAGUGGAUAUUUUCAGAAUUUUGACUGCUUAAAAAUAUGACCAAUUUUACUGCAGUUAAACAAGUUUUCUUGGUGGACUUACUUUUUACUGUUACUUAUUCAAGAAUAAAUAUAAAAUAAUGAAUUUUGAACACAAUCGAGAAUGGGUUAUGUCUUAAAUCAGUGCCAUGUGAACACAAGACUAGCAAUUUGGAAGCAAAUAGGUGCUACUGAUUUGGAAGUACAAAAUACACAUGCUGGGUGAAUCCAUUGUACUGAAUCGGCUCUCAGUACCAAAGAAAGGUUACUCUGAUUUUUCAGAGACCAGGAAUAGAACAACAAUUUAUAACUAUUAUGGCCCAAGUAAAUGGUUCCUACACAUUCACCUUUAUGAAAAAAGCCUGACAACACCCACUUAUCUACCCAGCAUGGAACUGAAAUCAUAAUCUUAAUAAACUGUUGGAAUAGUGCUUUACUUGUUUAGCAGCCAUUAAUCACAAUGUGAAUAGAGCUGCUGGGAAACAGUCUACUUCAUUAAUACAGAACCUGUAGCUUUCCAGGUGUAGGACUAUUAUGUCCUAGUUUCCUAACGACAGCUGGGCAACAGCAGGAAAGGGAACAGGUUGUCUGUCCAUUGAGAAUCUACUUGAAAUCUAUAAGAAUUGCAAUGGGGGUCAAAUGAUAUGAUCCUUUAAGAAAAAAAUCCACUCUUAGGUUAAGAAUAGCUUAAGAAUGAACAAGUUUUGCUUAGCGCAGAAACAAAGCAAUCAAAUCAUUGUACAACUGGUUUUGUUUUGUGAUUUGGAGGGAGAGAUCAUUGGGAUUGUACAGAUGAAAAUUAAAUGUUUGUAUUUUAUUGAAUGUUUCUAAAUGUUGUAGAGCAAAACAGUAGGCUCACCAAACUGAAAGAAGUGCCAUUAAUUGAUUGAGUGUUAACCGCAUCUCUAUUGGAGGGGCUGCAGUGCACUGUAUCCCUUCUGUAAGAGAUGAGGUUAUAAAGCACCUUAAGAAUUGUGUAUUCAGAAUUGUAGUGUGUGCUUUUGGGGAAAUACUAGUCUGUGUUAUCCAUUGUGGAAAAAAAACUCACCAUUCACACCGAUUUCUGUUUAUCGUAUGAAUAGCCGUAAAUAUCCUCUGUGCUGUAAUUCUCAAGCAAUCACCAAUGGGUUUGUAGGCAUUGUACUGUAUUUUUACCAAACAACUACUACUGCUUGUAUCAUUGUUCAUCUGAUUUCCAUAAUUUAAAAGAUUGGCCAUCUCCUCCAAUGUAUAGUAUACUGGGGAAGAAAGAUGCUACUGCAAGGAUGGUGGUCUGUUUCUGGAAGCAUAUACACUUACCUAUGCUUCCGAGUACAUGAUGGAAACUCAUAUACAUUGCAUUUAAAGAACCUGUGUUUUCAUGGUGCACUAUAAACUGGAAGGUAAUGAUCUUUGGUGUACUUACUUGGUCUUGUGUUUCAAUGGGCUAAGCAGUCUCUACACUGCUCUAGGGAUAUUGUGUCUGUUUUUUUAUGUUACCUGUACAUCAACAAAGGAAGGAAAGUGGUAAUAUUUUUAAUUUUUUUUUUCCUUUUCAACAGUUGAUGGCUUUAUCUGCCAAAAUUUUAAAUAGGAAAUUGUUUUUACUGUUUUUUUUUUAAUUACUCAUAAGAAGUAGUCUGGUGGUGCUCAUCCAUAGCACAAGCUUCAAAUCAAGUACCGAAAAUGUCUUAGAAGCUAAAUGUGUGCAUGUCAUCUGGUUGUAUCUGAGCAAAAUACUUUGUACUGUAUAUGUACAGAAAUAAAAACAUAGAAACUGUCAAAA